AUGUCAGUCACAUACCAGCUACAUACCACCCACGGUGACAUUAAGAUUGAGAUCUUUUGCGAAUCUGUUCCCAAGACGGCCGAAAACUUUCUGGCUCUUUGCGCGUCGGGAGCCUACGAUGGCACGCCUUUCCACAGGCUAAUCCCUGAUUUCAUGGUUCAGGGAGGAGACACAUCAUUGACUGCCCGAAACACAGAGGAAAACCCGAUCCCUAAAGGAGGAACAUCAGUUUGGAAAGAGUACUUUGAGGACGAGAUCAAAGUUCCAGCAUUGCGACAUAGCGGCCGAGGAAUGGUAUCGAUGGCGAACAAAGGUCCUAACACGAAUGGCAGUCAAUUCUUCAUUAUCUUUAAGGAGGCUUCACAUCUUGACGGCAAAAAUACAGUGUUUGGGCGGGUUAUUGACGGUGCCGAAGAAGCUGGUACCCUGGAGAGAAUGGAAGGCGUAACCGUCGACAGGAAAUUCCGCCCAAAGGACGAGAAGAUUAUCCUCGAACGUGUGACGAUACAUGCGAAUCCAUUGGCAGGCUGA